AUGGACGUCAUGGGAUUAAAUCAAAAUAAUACCAUUCCACCAAACGUGACUUCCAAAGUUUCGGAUUUUAUAACUGCUGAACAAGGCACUUCUUUGGAAUCUCCGAUUAGUUCUAAUGAUAUUCAGUUAGAUAGUGGACAAAAUAAUGACGAUUUUCCUUCUCAACCAGUGACUGAAGGCGAACCAAAGGAACAAACUUAUCAAGAUAUUUUAGGUUCUGGGGAUUUAUUGAAAAAAAUCAUUAAACAAGGAGCUCUUGAUGAACGACCAAUGAAAGGUGAACAAAUUGUGAUAAAUUUAGUUGGUCGUCUAGAAGAUGAUGACGUUAUAUUUGAAAAGGAAGAAAAUUUUGAAAUCACUCUUGGUGAUUGUGAGGUUAUUCAAGGUGUUGAUUUAGCUUUAAGCUUAAUGAAUGUAGGUGAAAUAGCUGAGUUGAAAAUAGCAUCACGAUUUGGUUAUGGUGAAAAGGGAUUGCAUCCAAAGGUUCUGGGUGGAGCUAGAUUAGUUUAUACCGUAGAACUAGUAACUGUAAAACCAGAAAUACUUCCAGAUGACCUUACUCCAAUUGAAAGGCUUAACAUUGGGCUCAAAAAAAAAGAUAAAGGAAACUGGUGGUAUGCACGUAAUGAAAAUACUAUGGCCUUACAUGUAUAUCGCAAAGCUAUUCAAUAUUUCGGCGGACCAGGAGAUAUAAUUGGUUCAGAUUCAGAACAAAAAGAUAUUUUAAGCGAACGUGUCAAGACCUUAAACAACAUGGCAGCUGUGCACAUGUCUAUGAAUAGUUUAGAUUUAGCUCUAAGUACAUUGGACAGUGUACUCAAUGUUGAACCUCAUAAUGAAAAAGCAAUUAUGCGUAAGGGUAAAGUACUAGCUUUAAAAGGACAAAAUAUAGCAGCCGCUCACGAGCUUGAAAAAGCAUUGAAAAUAAAUCCAAAUAAUAAAACAGUCCAAAGCAUUCUUAGCAAUGUUAAAGCAGCAUUAGUCAAAGAGCGAGUGCAAGAAAGAGAAUUGUAUAAAAAGAUGUUGGGACAAAAAGAUGUUCAUGAAAAAUCAGCAAAAGACGACAAAAAUACGAACACAACAUUUAUAAUCAGUGGGCUUGUUGCCGGAUUAGCAGUAAUUUGUGGAUACUGUUACCUUAACAACAACUUUCCUUUCAGCAAAUUUAGUUUUCAAUAG